AUGCGAUAUUUGAAAGACGCCUUAAGAGCGGCCGGCAUAUCAGAGUACGAACAGCUCCUGUACUGGACGACGUUCGCAUUCCUGUUCUUCGGCUUCUUCCGUAUUGGAGAAAUAACAGCAGCCGCCGCCAACCGUUUUGACCCACAGCGGAUUUUGUUAUGGGGGGACGUAAUGGAUGCUGGCCACCGCCUAACGGUGCAGCUGAAGGUCACAAAGACGGACCAGACGGGGCAAGGUAGUUCUGUAGCGCUGACGGCGACUGGGCGUUCAGUCUGUCCCGUGCAGGCAUACCGGAAUUACCGUGCUCGCGUUUCGGAGCCUGCAAACGAGCAGCCGCUGUUGCAGCGCGAAGAUGGCAAGUACGUCACGAGGGCAGAUGUGGAGAAAUGCCUCCGCCUCCUCCUCAAGAAUCACCCCGAGAGAGAACGGUUCAACACACACAGUUUUCGUAUCGGCGCGGCAACGACGGCCGCCGGCAAUAACGUGCCUGACCACGCCAUUCAACUGGCUGGACGCUGGCGGAGCAACUGUUACACCCGCUACGUUCGCCACUCCGGGCCACCUGUGACACUGAAUCCCUAUCGGACCGGAUAG